AUGUCGGCCGUGCGCAGACACCUCUGGGACGAGUACCAGGCGGUGGGCUCAGCCCGGGGCAGCGCCCGCAGGAAGCGGCAGCGCUUCGUGGACAAGAACGGGCGCUGCAACGUGCAGCACGGGAACCUGGGCGGCGAGAGCAGCCGCUACCUCUCCGACCUCUUCACCACGCUGGUGGACCUCAAGUGGCGCUGGAACCUGCUCAUCUUCCUGCUGACCUACACGGUGGCCUGGCUGGUCAUGGCCUCCAUGUGGUGGGGCAUCGCCUACCUGCGGGGCGACCUGCACCGCGCGCACGACCAGAGCUACCACCCCUGCGUGGCCAACGUGUACAACUUCCCCUCCGCCUUCCUCUUCUUCAUCGAGACCGAGGCCACCAUCGGCUACGGGCACCGCUACAUCACCGAGCGCUGCCCCGAGGGUAUCGUGCUCUUCCUCUUCCAGUCCCUGCUCGGCUCCAUCGUGGACGCCUUCCUCAUCGGCUGCAUGUUCAUCAAGAUGUCCCAGCCCAAGAAGCGAGCCGAGACCCUCAUGUUCAGCCGGGCCGCCGUCAUUUCCCAGCGGGACGGCAGGCUGUGCCUCAUGUUCCGGGUGGGCAACCUGCGCAACAGCCACAUGGUCUCUGCUCAGAUCCGCUGCAAGCUCAUCAAGUCCCGACAGACACCAGAAGGGGAAUUCCUGCCAUUAGAUCAAUGUGAGUUGGAUGUUGGAUUUGGAACUGGAGCUGACCAGCUGUUUUUAGUUUCUCCUUUAACCAUCUGUCAUGAAAUCAACCCCAAAAGCCCCUUUUUUUGUCUCUCUCAAAGAUCGCUAAGAAGUGAGCAGUUUGAGAUCGUUGUCAUCCUUGAAGGAAUUGUUGAAACUACUGGAAUGACGUGUCAGGCUAGGACCUCCUACACAGAAGAUGAAGUUCUUUGGGGCCACAGAUUCCUCCCAGUAAUGUCCCUAGAGGAUGGCUUUUUUCGUGUGGAUUACUCUCAGUUUCAUGCCACCUUUGAAGUCCCCACACCUCCUUAUAGUGUUAAACAGGAGGAAAGCCUGUCUCUUCCAUCUCCUUUCAAUACUCCUAUUGGUAACAACCGAAACAGAAGGGAACACAUCUGCUCACUUGACUGUAUUGAUAUUUUAGAAGAGAAAACAAACAAGUUUCCUAGUAAACUGCAAAAAAUUAGCUCCAGAAAGGAAGGCCUUCAGAGAAGAGUCCUGAGACUGAGUCCCAGCAAUGUGGAGAAAGCUUGCAGUACUGGAGAUCUCUUGAGAAUUCAGCAGAUAAGCUCUGUUCCCAGCAAUGAAGAUGGUGAUGAAAGGAUACAACUGAAGGCCUUCAGAAUCAAAUCUGAGUCUUUGACUCAGUCUACUGGAGAUCUUGAGUUACAGAAAAAGCCUCAAGGUAUGCUCACCUUAGGGACAAGACUAGAGGAUAAUUUGCCUGCCAAACUUCGAAAAAUGAAUUCUGAUCGCCUCUCCUAA